AUGGACGGCAAGGCUCAGACUGACGAUGCGGGCAAGAAUGACUUCUUCUGGACUUAUACGGAAGAACCGCACCAAACGAGACGGCAAGCUAUCAUAAAAGCCCAUCCUGAGGUCCUCAAGCUCUGCGGGCCAGAGCCUUUGACCAUUCCACUCGUUCUAGCAGUCGUCGCUUUACAAGUCUUCUGCGCUUACUCCCUCCGCCACACACCCGUACUGUCAUGGCCCUUCUUUCUUACGGCAUAUAUUGUUGGAGCUACGGCCAACCAAAAUCUCUUCCUGGCCAUCCACGAGAUCUCGCACAAUCUGGCCUUCAAAUCUCCAUUAGCGAACCGCAUACUGGCCAUCAUCGCCAAUCUUCCCAUUGGCAUCCCGUACUCGGCAUCUUUCAGACCAUAUCAUCUGACCCACCACAAGUCUCUGGGGGUGGACGGCUUAGACGCCGACCUGCCCACAGCGCUGGAAGCAUGGUUUCUGGACUCCGUUGCCGGCAAGGCCUUCUUCUGCACUUUCCAGAUCCUCUUCUAUGCCCUACGGCCGAUGAUGGUCUAUCAAUUGCCCUUAACGUGGAUCCACGCCCUCAACAUUGCAGUGCAGAUAGCCUUCGACUAUGUACUUGUCAGAUACGCCGGGGCCAGAGCACUCGGGUAUCUGAUCCUCAGCUCCUUCCUCGCCGGCUCACUGCACCCUUGCGCGGGCCACUUCAUAGCUGAGCACUACGUCUUCGCUCAACACAGCCGUUCGCUUGCUCCAUCGAGCAAGAAAGGCUCUGAGGUAGCGCCAACGCCCGAGACUUUCUCGUACUACGGCGCGCUCAACCUGCUGACGUACAAUGUUGGACUGCACAAUGAGCACCACGACUUCCCAGCCAUACCAUGGACGCGGCUAUGGAGGCUCAACGCGAUCGCAAACGAGUUCUACUGUGAUCUUCCUUGUCACUAUAGCUGGGUGGGCGUCAUGUGGCAGUUUGUUCUGGACAAGGAGGUAGGCUUGUGGUGCAGGGUGAAGCGGAAAGAGGGCGGUAGGAAGGUCGGAGCCGGCGCGAAAGCACAUGUACAGCCUAUAGAAAUAACGCGAUAG